CUCUCUUAUGACAACAGCUAAUAGAUCUCAACGGCUUAUAAAACCUCUCCUCCUCCCCCCAUUCAUCCAAUUCUGAGCAAACCAGUUGAUUUGUGUUCUACAAAAAGAUUAAAACUUGCUCAGAAGGCCAGCAAUGGAGCAAACAGGCAUAACUGAAAGUCCUCUGACCCCACCUCCUUCCUCAAGCCCCAACCCCAGCGUCUUACUCAGAAGAAGAAUUCUCUCAUGGAGCAAAGAGAACAACAACCAACCAGCUUCAGUUCAUGUCCACAUCGACGGCAACAUCUUUCAUCUUCAUGAGUCCCCCCUUGUUUCAAAGUCUGGUUUUUUCCGAAAGGCAUUGCCGGAAUCCUUCGAGAUCGAGCUCCCCGACAGUUUUCCGGGAGGAUCGGAAGCAUUCGAGAUUGCCAUAUUGUUCAGCUAUGACAGUCCACUCCCUCUCGACCCUUUCAAUGUUCUGGCGCUUCGUUCCGCCGCCAGUUUCCUCGAGAUGACGGAGGAGUACUUUUCCGGCAACCUCUGCGAGCAGGCAGACCUGUACUUGAACCAAGUUGUGCUGCAGAGCUGGGAUGAUACCCUCAUAGUUCUUCAGAAGUGCCAGAUUCUGCCAUCAUGGGCUGAAGAGCUUCUUUUUGUGAGCCGUUGCAUUGAAUCCUUGGCAUUCAUGGCUUGUAUGGAGAUACUUGAUCCCGAAAGAGAACGAGAAGGCCCUCUCCUCAGCUUACAAGUUAUGGUUGGUCGUGUCUGGGACUGCGAGAAAGCGAAGGAGAUUGCUGGGCAGGAUUUAUGGGUCAAGGAGCUCACCGCCCUCCCGUUCGAGUUCUUCGAUAGGAUCAUUCAAUCUCUGAGAAAUCAAGGCAUGGAGGAGAAGUAUGUUAGCCCCUUAAUUGUCUUAUAUGCUAACAAAUGGGUGCUCUCCAAGAAGACGCACAAAUACUUGGAGGAGAACGCUGAUGAAAACAAUGCAAUUGAUGUUAGUGAGAAAGUUUCAUCAAUUCUUCAAGGCUUACUUGAGCUUCUUCCAUUGGGAGAGAAGACGAGUAAAGUGAUUCCGGUAGGCUUUUACCUUGCCAUGCUCUCAAGGUCUGUGAGUCUCGGUUUAGAAGGCGAGAGCACGAUACGUUUGGAAGAAGAAGUCGCCUCCCUUCUGCAUUUUGCUCGCGUGGAAGAUUUACUGCUCCCUACCAAUGGCGACGACCCGAAAGCCAUAGUGAAUUCUGCAGAGUUAAAGGUGAUGGAGAGAAUCUUCUCGCUUCAUUUAUCAUUCAAACAGGAGACAUUUUACAGUGGAUCUUCUGUCAUCAACACGGACUCCAUGGUUGCUGCGUUAUGGGAUCGUUAUCUUUCCUAUAUCGCCGUUGAUCCAAAGCUCGACACGAAUAGAUUCAUAAAGCUCAUUGAAACAGUGCCAAUGGUCGACCGAGAGACUCAUGACAAUCUAUACAAAGCAAUCAGUGUUUUCUUACUGGAACAUCAACAUAUUUCAUCUGAAGACAAAGCAUCCCUCUGCAAAUAUUUGAAUUGUCCCAAAUUGUCACAACCUAUAUGUGUUCAAGCAGUGCAGAAUGAGUUGAUGCCGCUACGAUUAAUCGUACAAGCUCUAUCUGUUCAGCAGCUUCACACAUAUCAAGCCUUCAAAGAUUUCUCAGAAUCCUUCAGAUACACGCAGUUUGGAGAUUUCUCAGGAAGCCUUCUAAGCUCCAGAUCCCAAGCUCUCUUAAAUCAAUAUAUGGGCAAAAACUCGUAUCAACAAACGACGGGGGAAGAAGAUGAUGCUGGAGGAACUCUUUUAGACUCGCUUACGAAAAGCACCGAUAUGAUAGAAAGGCCGGAUCUUGCCAAGGCAGAAUAUGAAUCAGCAAGCUUUAGAAUCCAGCUUCUUGAAGAAGAACUCAUGGCCUUGAAGAAAAGUCUUAAACAGCAGAACGUACUGAAGAAGAGCUCUCGGCAGUCUGGCGCAGACGGGAAGAAGGUUCUGAAGAGAAGGAGCGGUCCUGGCCAAGUUAAGAGCUGCAUCGGCUCGAUCGGUUGGGGUUCACAGACGAAGCAUGUUAACAGAUUGGUAAAGGCCUUUCGAAAGCUGAGAAUUUUAGGAAGAGGAAAAAGCAAGAUAAGGCAGAGCCUCCUUCGAGGGGAACAGGAGGAGAUCGACGCAGGAAGAAGAAAGAAAGAAGAAGUUCGAGCCGUUUUGAGGUUGUUCCUCGGACGGUUCGGCGUCGCGAGGAGAUCGCAGGAGGAAUUCUCCUGUGCGCGACAGGGUUGCGAGGAGUUUCGAAACCAGGCAGCGACACCGGAAGGAGUUACCGCCGGAGUUCGGGGCGCAGCAUUUGGCUUCUUCGGCAGAGGUGAAUCGCGAGAGUCCAGAAAAUUCGCGGUUCUGCGGAGGAGUGCGGUUCAACGCAUCUUCCACAGGCGACGAGAGGAGUCAGGCAGUUUGGACGGAUCACGACCGAGAAGGCUUCACGGCGUUCGCCACAGACAGAGACGAAUUCGGGAAGGAGAUUCACGAAGGAGGAGGCUUUGCAGAGCAGUUCGAGACGCAGAGGAAUUCACCCAUUCGCGACAGGCAGAUCUCGUUCGCGGGAAGAAGAUAAGGCUAGAUCGCCCGUGCCGUUCGCAAAGCCUUGUUCGGCAGUUCGUGGGCAGUUCGAGUGAACAGUCGCGGCCUUUGUCAAACCGGUUGGCGAACGAGGCGGAGCGGCGCAUCGGGAGUUCGCGGAAAAGAAGGGAUCACGGAACAGGCAGAGCAGUUCGCGACAGGAAGCUCCGGACAGUUCGCGCUUCUUCACCAGGGGAUUCGCGAAUCGCGUUUUAG